GGCGCUCCCGCUCACCCUGCCCUGCCCGCGGCGGCCACGAUGGAGCCUCUGUUCCCGGCCUCCCCACUGACCAGCUGGAAUGCCUCCUCGGCAGCCACAGGCAGCGGCGGCGAGAAUGGGACGCUGGCGGAGCUGGUGCCCUCCCCGGGCGCCCGGGCGGUGGUGGUGCCCGUGCUCUACCUGCUGGUGUGCACAGUGGGGCUGGGCGGCAAUGCGCUGGUCAUCUACGUGGUACUGCGCCACGCCAAGAUGAAGACGGUCACCAACAUCUACAUCCUCAACCUGGCCGUGGCCGACGUGCUUCUCAUGCUGGGGCUGCCCUUCGUGGCCACACAGAACGCCAUCUCCUACUGGCCCUUCGGCCCCGUGCUCUGCCGCCUGGUCAUGACGCUGGACGGCAUCAAUCAGUUCACCAGCAUCUUCUGCCUGACUGUCAUGAGCGUGGACCGCUACCUGGCCGUGGUCCACCCCAUCCGCUCCGCCCGCUGGCGCCGCCCUCGGGUGGCCAAGCUGGCCAGUGCCGCGGUCUGGGCCUUCUCUCUGGUCAUGUCACUGCCGCUGGUGGUGUUUGCGGACAUCCAGGAGGGGUGGAACACCUGCAACCUCAGCUGGCCGGAGCCUGUGGGCCUGUGGGGCGCCAUCUUCAUCAUCUACACGUCCGUGCUAGGCUUCUUUGGGCCGCUGCUGGUCAUCUGCCUGUGCUACCUGCUCAUCGUGGUGAAGCUGAAGGCGUCAGGAGUGCGCGUGGGCUCCACGCGGCGGCGCUCAGAGCGCAAGGUGACCCGCAUGGUGGUGGUGGUGGUGCUGGUGUUCGUGGGCUGCUGGCUGCCCUUCUUCAUCGUCAACAUUGUCAACCUGGCCUUUGUGCUGCCCGAGGAGCCCGCCUCCGCCGGCGCCUACUUCUUUGUGGUCGUGCUGUCCUAUGCCAACAGCUGCGCCAACCCCUUGCUCUACGGCUUCCUCUCUGACAACUUCCGCCAGAGCUUCCGGAAGGUUCUGUGCCUCCGCAAGAGCUAUGGCACUGAGGACGCGGAUGCCACGGAGCCGCGGCCGGGCCAGAGCAGCCGGCUGCAGGAGGCCAUGCUGCCUGCACGCAGCUGCGAGGCCAACGGGCUCAUGCAGACCAGCAAGCUAUGAGCGCGGAGGCCACGGGAGGGGACCCCGGGAA